AACACUUGUGCAACACCGUUUCACAAGUAUAAAACCUAGUGAUUUUUUAUCAAAAGUUUGUUUAAACAAAUAUAUCGCCGUGUAGCACAGGAUAGCGAUUAUAAACAGUAUGGGACGUUACCAAUUAUAUGUGGCCGUCAUGGCAAUAUCUAGCUUAGCCGUAAUACAGAAAGCUAGUUGUGCUGGUGGGCCUAACGCCUACAACACUACCGAACAAUACAUUGAGUCAAAAGACGGAUUAGAAAUGGAGCAUCAUCAGUGUGAUGAAUACAAAUCGAAAAUCUGGAAUAAGGCAUUUAGCAACCCAGCGGCUAUGCAACUGGUGGACGUAGUGCUUAAAACAGCUAAGGAAAUGGGAACCGAUAACGUGUGCUCAGACACGAUUCGGGUCUUGUCUAAUUUCAUCGAUGUGAUGGCCACCAAUCAGAACUCCCACUACUCGGUGGGAAUGUUGGCAAAGAUGCUGGCAUUCAUUGCGAGAGAAGCGGAUAUGACGUCGGACAAAUUCAGAGAUACAAAGGAGGUGUUCGAUCGCAUCGUACAAAAUGCUGAUAUCCGUGACUAUAUCAGAAACACGGCCUCCCGGGUGGUCGACUUGCUCAAGUUACCCGUGAUGAGAAACCGAUUAGCCAGAGUGUUUAAAGCCUUUGAGACUUUGUAUAAUCCAUCCAAAAACCAGCAAAUGAUCAAGCAGAGGAUUAUGGGACUUACCAACACUCCUUCCAAAAUAGCUAUGGGUACCAUGAAUAAGGUUGGAAAUAUGUUUCAAAAUGUCUAAUAAACACGUCAAUAUAAUAGACUAGUUAUAUUUAUAUAUAUAUACAUAUAGUGUAAAUUUUCUUAAAAAUUUCUAACAUCUAAUCUCACACCCUUUCCCUCGCCGACAGUCGGUUUAUUUAUUUUGUACUGUACCACACAUUAGGUACCUAUUUGAUUCACCACUCAUCGUUAUCCUUAAAAUAAAUAUUUUCGUUUUCACAAUUAA